AUGUCCUCUCAAAUUCCAUAGCUCAUGAUAACUGAAUAACCUAUGGAUGAAUACUAAGAUUUUAUCAAUUAUUCACUAUCUGAUGUUUGUUUUUCAGUUAGUAAGUUCUAGAGUAAGGGCAAUAAUGUAAGUGAGAAUUCUGUUGAUUAAGACUACUAACAACAUAAUAAUUCAACUCCCCUUUCUCCAAACAAUAUUAAUUUAACUAAACCAUCAAACGAUUCUUCAGAUCGAAAAUAAAUUAUAUAGAUGCAAUAAAGACCAAGUGUAAGUUCAACAUAAGAAAGAAUAUAUAGAGACUUUUUUCAAUAUUUUCUGAUUCAAAAAUUUGUACAUAAAAUAUCAUUCAAAAAGAAACUAAAUUCAAUGUUUGAUAAAUAUCAUUUCGAAGUGAUUAACGAUCUAGGUGCUACUUUUAAUUUAAAUUUAUUUAGAGAAAAUACAAUUAAAAUGCGACCAAUCAUAGUCAAAUAAGUUUAAUAAAUAGAAAACCAAUUCAUUAUUAAGUUUAAGAAACUUCAAUCUUUGUUAUUAUAAAAAUGGAACUCUUUUCUCAACAAAAUUCCAUUAAUAUACCCAGAAUCAAAAUUGAAAAUGCUUUGGGAUGCAAUUGUUACUUUGGCAAGAUUUUAUUUUAUUUAUGUAAUUCCAAUGGAUUUAGCAUGGGAAAUGCAAUCAUUUAUGUUUGAUAUCUUAAUUAUACCUACAUCAUUAAUGCUGACUUUAUUAAUAAUAGAUUUUGUAUUAAGUUUUAAUAAUGCCUAUUAUGAAUUUGGAUCAAUAGUAACAGAUCGGAAAAAAAUUGCUUAAUAUGUAUUUACAAAAACAUAUGGAUUGGAUAUAUUAUCAGUAUUAAUUCUGAUAACUUUUUUAAUUAUUUCAGUUGUUUAAUCACAGUAAGUAAGAAUAACUGAAAAUUGGUAUCAUCUAUUGUUGUUAUUAUUUCUAAUCUAAUAUAAAAAUAUAUCUAAAUUAUCAGAACAAGUGGAAGAAGCUUUGAAUUUAUCAAAAUAAGUGAGUUCAUUAUUAGAAUUAGGUAAAUUAAUAUUUUUAUUAUUCUUUGUCUUACAUAUAUUUUCUUGCCUUUGGUUUUGGGUUGGUAUUUAUUCUUAUAAAAAUGAUUACAAAACUUGGCUGAAUUUGAAAAACUUAGAAGAAGCUGAUUGGAAUAUCUAAUAUUUAUAUUCAUUCUAUUUUUCAACAGUUACUAUGUUUACUGUUGGAUAUGGUGACAUUACUCCACAAAGUACUUUCGAAACUGUACUUUGUAUUAUGUUUAUGAUGAUUUGUAGUAUUCAAUUAUCUUACAGUGUCAGUACUGUAAGUGCAAUUAUUGAUAAAAUUUCAUUCUAUUCUAAAGAGAAAAGGAAGAAGGUUUAAACAAUAAAUACUUAUAUGUAGAACAAAAAGAUAAGUUAUGAAUUGUAAUUUAAAAUUAGAGAAUAUCUUAAUUAUUAUUGGUAAUGUAAUCAAUAAGAAGAAACAGAAGAAGAAAAAAAUAUUAUAAAUUAAUUAUCAGAAAAUUUAAGAGAAAGUUUACAAUUUGAAGCUAAUUCAAUGAUAUUGAAUAAUUGUCCAUUAUUUAAGAAUCAUUUUAGUGAAUAAUUAAAAAAAAAGUUGGUCAAAAAAAUAAAAUCAAUUGUAGUUUAGCCAGAAAAUAUAAUUGAUUUUGAUCAUCUGUUUCCAAGUUAAAAAAUGAAUUAGUUUAUAUGUUUUGUAGAAGAAGGAGAAAUUCAAAUAUUUAUAGAAAAUGAAAUGUCAUAAAAUCAUGUUUCAUAUAAUUCGAUAUCAAUAGUUAAUACUGUUUCUAAAGGUAGCAGUCUUGGUUUGAUGUCAUUUAUUACUGGAAUCAAAGCAAGAGAAAGAUUUAAAAGUAUAGGAUUUUCAAAAUUAUUGUUGUUGUCUAGAGAUGAUUUUCUUAAAAUUAUUCCAGAAUUUCCAGAAGACUAUGAAGCUUUUAGGGAAAUGCAUGAUGAUUUGAUUUAUAACUCAGAUUCUGAGUUUCUUAAAUUAGGAUGUUUUUCUUGUAAAAGUGUUUCUCAUAAAGUUAUUGAUUGUCCAUUAGUUCAUUUUAUACCUGAUAAAGAAUAUUUAGUUAAAAAACAUUAAUUUUCAAGGGAUUAAAAAAGAAAUGAAACUUUUAAGUUUAAAUUUAGGAGAAAUCCAAAAAGAUAGCAUGGAUAUUUUUCAGCUUAUAAUGAUUUUGAUUUAAUUUAAGAAACUAGUGAUUUAUUUUAAGCUGAUAAUUAUAAGUAAUGUCUAUUUUAUGAGGAACUUGAUGAUGAAGUUGAAAAAUAAAAAAUACAAUAAAUAAAUAUUCCUAGACCUUCUAAUUAUUAUAUAUAGGACUCAAUUAAAGAGGAACCUGAAGAAGGUGUUUGUGUGGCUAUGAACUUUUUAAAUUAAAGAAAAAGUUUAAUAAAUAAAAUCACUAAAAAAUCAAUAUCUUUGUUAGUUGAUGAAGAUCUAGUACCGUUAUAGCAUUUUAAAGGAAUCAAUAAAUUUAAAAGAGCAGUAGAAGUUAUAAAAAGUAUAAACAAGCUUACAAAUAGGAAAAGCUCUAAAGCUUAGACAAAAAGUAUUUUGGCAUCUUUAAAUAUUGAAAACUAUAAAGAUUCUGAAUAAAAGUAAUUGUUAAAUGGAAUAAAGAAGAGAUUAAAGUAUAUAGAAGAUCAUAAUAUUGAAUGGAGGGAAUAGGAUAUAUAGGAAAUGGAGUUUUUGAAGAUGAGAUUGGAGAUGUUAAUAAAACUUAAUGCUUAGAAACCAGAAAAAUUUGAUUAGAUAGAGAGUGUUAAAUAAUAUAAGUUUUAUAAUAUUCAUAAUAAUGUAGAUUAAAUAUUGACUAUUUAUAAUGAAUUUUAUAAGGUCAAAUUGAAAGAACAAUAAAAUAUUCCACAAGUUUUUAAGUAAUUUGUCAGAUAUUUGAUGUAUCCUUAUUCAUUUAUUCAUAAAUAUAAAUUUAAAUCAGAUAAUUUUAAUGUAAGAGAGAUUAAAUAAGAGGAAACAGAUUAAUAAAAAAAGAAAAAUAAAUUCUCUAAAUUGUUGACAUUACAUAAAUAAAGUAAAAAUUUAAGAAAAAAACUAAAUGUAAAGAAAGCAUAAAUAUAACCACUAUGA